CUCUGUGACCCCCAUCAAUCAAAUUAUUAGAAAUAAUUCUUUUUUUUGUAAGAUUAAAAAGUUAAUUUGAUUUGUUUUGAUAGUACAGAUUCGUUUUUUCUUUAUAGAUGUCGCAUAGCAAAGUACAAGAGUGAUAUAGUAAACAAGAUGUGGUGUGAAUUGAUUAUAAAUUAAUAACUUGUAGUUGUAACAUAAAAAAGGUCACGUUAUAAAUAUGGGGUCCAUGCGACCGACUGGACGGUUCCUAACGUUUGCUAAUAAUAUUCAGAGGACACAGAAACAACCUGUUCCCAGUGGGUUUCCACAAAGUUUAUCAGGCAGUGAGACAGAUGUAUCAACAUCAAAUGAGAACCUAUCCAGAGAGGAGCGAUACGUGGUCCGCCACACAGCGAGGGUCGAGCCACAAGGUCAAGAGAACCAGAGCCAAACUAAUAAUAACAACAAUAGAAAUUCACUCAAGGAUAGUGUCUCAGGCAGCAAUCGUAACUCACUGAAAGACUCAGUGGGUGGUGGGAACAGCAACCGCAGUUCCUUGGACGUUUCCUCAUCUUCAUACAAUACGCUCAUCAUCCACAAUCAGGAUGAUUCCUGGUCGUCGCGACCAACACCUAUUCGAGAACACGAACGAACAAACAGUGAAGUAAAACAUUCAAACACACAAUCUUCUCCAUACCACACACUGAAGAAGGAGGGUGUGAAGAAACCCAGCGGUAUUCCCCUGCCAAAGAUGCAUAAAGAGCAAACAGUCACUGCGCAUGCUAACUAUAUUGAUAUCGGUGGGCAGAGGAUCUACACAAGCCCUCCUGACCAUGGAGUUCAGGAAAUCACCGAGAUACCAGAUGACUUUCUAAACCAAUCGUCAGUGUUGAAGCAUCUUGCGAAGGAGGUGGCCCAGUCACCCACCCCGCGCGGGCCCACACCCCCCGCCUCCCCGCUCUCCCCGCACUCCAAUAGAGCACCUUCCAAGCCCAGGGAGGAGAGAAAAGGAAAGGGCUCGAAAGCUAAACUUAGUAAAGAGAAGUUGAACUUGUCACGAUCUCAACCUGAUUUGACGAGUGUGGGCGUACGUGCAGUACCUGGUGGAUCCGAGUCCAGUGGCUGGUGCAGCGGUGGCGAGGGUUCACUGGAGGAACCGGAUGAUGCCUUUUCAGCCGUCCUCGAUACCCUGGCCGCAGAAAACCAUCAGCUCAAGAGGCAGCUGGCGGAUGCGUGCGAACGAGUCGCUAAGACUAACAAGGUAAUAUAUAAGUUGGAAGAGGAAGUGGAAAAAGUUCGUACAGCGCAUGAGGAGCUAGUCGGGUCGUGCGAACGGCGCGAGAGGCUCGAGUCGGCCGCGCGGGUGCGACUGCAGGCGGACUGUCGGCGGCUGCAUGAGUUAAAUAGGGCGCUCAAACAACAGGUGGAGCUGUUGUCACAAGGAGUGCGUGCUGAGAACGACGGCAACAGCGAGGCGCUUCGGAAGGAGUUACAGAAUAGAGAGAUGCUGAUCGCGCAACUCAUAACACAGAAUAAAGAGUUAGCUUGUGCGAAAGAGAGGCAAGAGAUAGAAAUGGCGGCGCAGCGAGCGACGUUACAAGAGCAACGCACACAUAUAGACAUCCUCGACACCGCCCUCACCAACGCACAGUCAAAUGUUGUACGAUUGGAAGACGAGUGUCGGCACGCAAGCGGGUACGUGGAACGUGUACUAGGACUUCAGCGGGCACUGUCGUCGUUACAACAAGCGUCCGAUCGUCGCGAGCACACGGAGCGUAAACUGCGAGCCCAGCUCGAGACUGAACUGCAGGCGUUAAGGAAACGGGAAUGCGCAUGCGGCGGCGUGUCUAACAACACGAGCGGGGGUGCGGUCAGCGAGGCGGGGGCGGAAGAAUUAAAGCGCGCGUUAAGGGAGCGAGACGAACGGUUACUGGCCUUGGAGGGAGAAUGUGCCAAGUGGGAGCAGGGAUACCUCGAAGAGGCCGCGCUCCGGCAAGCCGCCGUAUCCGCCGCCUCAAUACCCAAAGACGUGAAGAUCGCGGCGUUGGAGAAAACGUCGGCAGAGUCUGAGCGCCUGAUGGCUGAGGCACGCAGCGAAAAAAUUCGACAUAUGGACGAGUUGCAUUUAGCGCAGAAAAAGGUUGCUGAUCUAGAAAGCAGAGUCAAAGAGCUCGAAUCAAAAGUAGCAGAACGAGACGCCAUGAUUAAAGUAUUACAAAAGCACACGAGCGCUGCGUCGCUGCGGAACAACUCUAGCCGUGAAGAACUCGGUAAUCAGUACCUGAGUAACGUGGGUCUAUCGUCUGGUACAUCGUUCUCCAGUGCGGAGGGGGUGGGUGCGGGCAGCGCGGUGGCGGGCCGAUAUCGACAUCUAACGAGGCGGAACUACUCGCCACACAACGAUAAUGCUAGCGGAUGCGGUUUUGACAGUUCCUCCUUACGACUAGAAGAACAACUAGCAGCCUUGGAAUCUCGCCUGGAGCGGCCGCCCGUGCCCGCCCGUGGCUUGUGUUGCUUCCCCGGACUGGGUACGGUCGGAGCGCGCGGGAAUGGCCGCGGUGAAGAAGCUUUGUUGUUGGAGAGACAAGGCAGAGCGUCGCAACAGACGCGCUCCUCUUCUUUACCGCCGCCACCUUCGGCCUUGCCCCGACCUCCACGGAAACCGUCUGCGAGAACGACUAGAUACGAUCGCCUUGAGCACAGAGACGCGCGGAAGGAUUCCGACGGAUCUGGCUCAAUAGCCUCCACUGCGUCGCGUAGUUCACCGCUGCCGUACGACACAGUGACCCAACGCAAGCUACCUUCGGUGCCAACGUCGGCGUCCUUGCCAGCAGCUGAGUCGCGCGAAUCGCUUGUACGACCGCGUGAUUCCAGUUUACCCUCACCGUCCAAGCUCGCUGUGUAUGCAGCCGCUCGGAGACGCUCUGCCGAAUCUGCCAAAGAUAACAAUAAGCGUGGACAUCAGUAUCGAAUUCAGUUUUAGAACCAGUUUGCGAGGGCUCAUUUUAGGCAAGACCACGUGACAUCAAACCUUUAUACGCGACUGCUUGUAAGUUUACGACCAAUCACAAUUAACGCCUGUUUGAUCAAGCCUUGUGAUUGGUCCUACGUGUGACGCAAUGCAGGCUACCGUAGACUUAAGUUGGACGCCUUGGCUUUGGCGUAUAAGAUUUACAAGCUCACGAACAAAAUGUCGAUUUUGACUAUCGAAAUCUCUAAUUACAGCAUAAUUCAAACUUAGUUAAUCACAGAACAUUUUUUCCUACCUUUUCCGGAUUUUAUUUAAUCUACGAUAUUUUUUGGUUGGUCCCCGUUCGGCCAGGCAAAGAUUGUUGACCAUGCAGCCUACUCUCCUCUUUAAUCUGGAUUCCUGUCAUUAUGGAAUUUCACACGAACUUAUAUCGAUCACAGAUUAUGCUUAAUUUUGGCCACUCUGAAUAAAGCUCCAUUUUUUUUAAAUAAGCAUACAGGCAAUUAGCAAAGACAGUUUUGCAGUUUCAAACACUGGUAACUGUGUCACAGUUGAUCUCUGUAAUUCGACGUUGAACAAGACAGUACUUUUCAUGUUAUUGGCCAUAAUACGUAUUCAAUGUCAUAACUAAAGUAUUAGGGCCCUGAAAAAUAAAACAAUUGUAAAAUAUUGCUCAGAAAAGAUAUAAAUUAAGAUAACGAUAACUUUUAUGUGGACGUUGAAGGCCAAAUCCGAAGCCCUCUGUGUUUCGAGUGAACUUCAAGUACUUAAUACUUAUAUCCAAUCAUAAUGUUUUCGGAUUUUUAAUGGUUUGUAUAAAGACGUAUUAUAAUCGUUAUGGUUUGGCAAUUUCCUAAACCGAAAAAUAUCGGUGAGCCGCCUUCAACGUGAAUAAAGUCAAAGUCCAAAGAGUAUGCCUUUACUAGCAUUUUUAUUAAGGUUGUGUUGUGUUAAAAGUGUUGUGAAUUUAUA